AGUGAUAGGGCAGCAUCGCAUUCCGCCGGUCAGUGCGUAUAAUUUCCACAUGGCACGUACAAUUCGUUUCGGCGUUUUCGGUUUUUGUGCACAUUAUCAUCAUUUUAUCGGCAGGUCGCAAGUGCCUUCCACUUGCUACCUACGGUCGCACGAAAAUUCGUAAAAUACCUGCCAAACCGAUUUUGAACGGGCCAUGGCCGUGAAUUUGGUACAUUUCAACACUCGUCUGUUAUCCCUGUGAAGACCCUUUACCAUUUCGCUGCUUACGUAUUUCAUUUAUUUACCAUGGAACAACCAGAUUUAAAGUAUUUAAAGAUGGUUAUACGGAGUCUUUUAACUAGCUCUCCAGGUAGAGUGACAAUUUCACAAAUAUUAAAUGAAUACUCAAAUUAUGAAGGUUGUAAUUUACCAUAUAAGCACUUGGGGUUCAAUACUGUUUUUGAGUUGCUGGAAAAUAUGAAUGAUGUUUUAAAGGUUCCGUCAAACCCAAAUAUGAAUUCUCUGAUUACACUAAUUGUUGAUGAAAAAACUUCACACCUUAGAGAACUUGUUGUAAAUCAAAAAUCUAAAAAACAGCGUCCUAGAAGAAAUUAUUCCUCUGGAAGAAGUGGUAAUAAUCACUUGUUGAAGUCUUCCAAUUUUAAAUCUCAUGAUUACAAUCACAAUAAUCAUAGACCAGAUUAUAGCACGUCUAGAUACAAAAAUUGCUCCCCUAGCUAUGAUUACAGUGCUCGUGGAUAUGAAUAUAGUAAUAGGAAUGGUAACAGUGCUCGUGGAUAUGAUCAUGUUAAAACCAAAUCUUAUACAAAACCUAUUGGUAUUGUUACACCAAAUCUCAGAAGUUUUAUCGAAAAUCUGUGUAAUACCUCCGGUUCAGAAAUGAUAACUAUUAAUAAAUUAAAGAAUUGUUUAAUAAAUCAUCCAGAUUAUAAUAAAUUGGGUACAACUAAUAUCGAAGAAUCUAUAAAUAUGUUAAAAUUUUUUAUCUACAUUGAUAAAGGAGGUGUACACCUUAAAGAUUCUCCAUUAGAAAUAUUUCGGUCUAAGACAUCUGAUAAAAGGAAGUACACAAUACCGACAUCUGCAAGUUACCUAAGUAGUAUUGUUGAUGAUAAUGAAGAAUUGUUGUAUAGUGAGAUCAAUAAUGAUGACUAUGAUUAUGAGAUGGAUUAUUCAAGUUUAGAAAACCUUAAAGUACAUGAAAAUGAACAAAAAGUAAGCCAGACAUCAACCAGGACUGCACAUCAUGAUAACACAAUCUUGUCGAGUAGUAGUAAUUCUCCUCAACAUUCUGAUAGUUGGCAGAAGUUGCGCACCUAUAAUUCAUCCUCACAACCAAAUGGACAAAAUCGGUUAGAUCCUCAAAACAUGGUCAAUAUGUUCAAAACAGAUUUGAAUGGUUCAAAGUCGAAAAGUAGUGAUACAGUUUCAGCUCAAAAUAUUGAUAAAAAUACAUUCAUAUCAUCAACUAAACCUAUUCAUAAUAAAAUUGUAUCAAAAAUAGAACAUAAAGAAAAUUGUGAUAUAAAAAACACUCCAGAUUCUUCCAAAACUCAAAAGGAUGAAUAUAAAAAAGCCAUUGUUGCUAUUAUAGCCGAAUCUGAUCAACCAAUUACUGUAAAUAAUGUAUUGAACAAAUUUAAAAAAAAACAUGGUUACAACUUUCCAUUCCAAGAAUUUUCAUGUGUAACGUACAUGGACUUUUUUCGCCUGUACCCAGAUAUGUUUAAAUUGGAAAAUCAAUGCUCUACAAACAGUGUUGUAAGUCUACAAAAACAAAUAAUAUGUAAACGAAAAGAAACUGUUAGAAAAUACUUAAGUAAAGCAUCCAUAUUUAACAAUGUUGCUGUUGUCAAUUCAGAAAAUUAUAUUUUGGAUCAAAGUAAGAUUAUAUCUGAACUUUUAUCAGAUGACGAUCAGAAAAUUAAAGAUACUGCAAUAGAUAAUUCAUGCCAACCACAUUGUGAAAACUCAAUAAAUUCAUAUGAAAUAUACGAUGCUGACACGAUAUUGGAUACAAUGAAAGUAAAAAUGCGUCAGAUUUUAAGUAAAUACAAAGAUGGCAUAUUAUGUAACGAUUUUAUGAAUGUUUAUGGUAGCGCGUAUAACAGUCAUUUCAAUUUUUCUGAGUAUGGAUUCAGCAGCAUGCGGGAUAUGGCAUACAAGUUACCAUCUGUAUUUUAUGUUAAAGUAACUGAAGAUAACAAUGAAUGUAUUUUAUUUGAAGCUCAUAGACGAAGUGAAUUAGAAAAUAACUCAGAUGAUCCAUCGCUGUAUUAUAAAAAUAUUCCGAAGACUGUGUUGUAUAAUCUUUCAAAGUUCUUUGAUAAGUAUCGAACUGGAGUAAAAUUCAAUGAACUGUUGACUUUAUACUGUGCAGAAUAUGGCCGAGCUUAUGAACCAUUAAAGUAUGGAUAUUCUUCCGAAAAGCACAUGUUUGAAUGUUUAGACAAAAUGGUUGAAAUAGAAAAUAAUGAGCUAUUUACAAUAAAUCCUUAUGCCUAUACAAAACCUGUACAAGAUCUAGAUCAUACUGACAAUUAUGAUAACAAUUCAAUUGCUUUACCAGAUACUGAUUUUUUAUUACAUUACUCUGGCAAUGAUGUCUGUAACGGUAGAUUUAAGUAUUCUAAAGUUAAAUUUAACAUUAAAGAGUUAACAAAUGUCAUUGUUGCUGAAAUUUUCAACCCAAGUUCAUUUUACAUCCAAUUAGCAGCAGAAGUCAAUAAUCUGAAUAGUUUAAUGGACUCAUUACAAGUGUAUUACAACGAAAAUGAAAAAAAAUUCAAAGUUCUACCAAAACUAAUACUUCAAGGAUUAGCAUGUACCUCAUGUUUUGAAGAUUCUGGCCUAUGGCACAGGGCUACUGUCUUAAAAAUAAUUGAUGAUGAAAAUGUGCAAUUAUUAUAUGUUGAUUAUGGAUCAAUUGAAAUAGUACCAAAAACCAAUGUUAGACUUUUGGCAUCUCAAUUUGGGAUAUAUCCUGCUCAAGGAGUGCAUUGCGGUUUGUACGAGUAUAAUGAAUUAAACUAUCCACGAGAAAUAAGUGAAUCUUUUGCUGAAAUGGUUGACGACCAUGUGCUAGAAGCACAGUUUCAUUCACAAGACGAUUCUGAAAAGAAAACCGUAACAUUAUUUAUGAAUACUCAAACUAGUAAAAUUAAUAUAAACAAAAAAUGUUCCAAAGAAAUUCUAAAUCAUUUAAGUAAACAUCAAGAAUCUGUGAGACGGAUGAUUUGUAAAGUAAUGGCAGAAGAGACAGAAGAGACAGAAGUUUGAACUUUUUAGAAAAAGAAAUUGAUGGCAACAAGAAGUCAAAGAAAAUUCUUUGUUUAGUAAAUCAUUUUUUUGAAUAUAGUUAUGCUGUAUUAUUUUAUGUAUAUUUGCUACUUAAAGUAUGAUAAGGACAGAAUACACUUAUUAAUAAAACGUUUCCUCGUUAUGAUCUAAUACCUAUUUAUUAAACAUGUUUUUAAUUAUGUAUAUUUAUUUAUGUUUAUUAACUUAAAUGUUGAGUAUCUUAACUCAGUUAUUUGAUUACAAAAUUUUCUUACUUACUUUGUAAUACAAUUUGUUCAAUA